AUCCAGAUAGCUAGCAGUCAUGUCAACGAACACGGAGUCCCAGACACACAGCUUACCCAGCAGGGAACGAUGUCCACAGGCCAGUGGACUGGAGAGUGUGGCGCCGUUGGUGCAUUCAGGGGAGGAAACCCCUGACCCCAUCCCCACCACCACCAAGGGAACUAUUCCAGCCUGGAUUAAUGGCAGCUUUUUGAGAAAUGGUCCGGGGAAAUUUGAGUUUGGAGAAGACAGAUACAAUCACUGGUUUGAUGGCAUGGCCUUGAUGCACCGGUUUCACAUCUGUGAGGGCAGUGUAACUUACAGCAGCCGGUUCCUACGCAGUGAUUCAUACAACCUCAACUCAGAGAAGAACCGCAUUGUGGUCUCAGAGUUUGGGACUGUCGCCAUGCCAGACCCUUGCAAAAAUUUAUUUGCUCGUUUCUUUUCCCGUUUUCAGAUUCCACAACCCACAGAUAAUGCAAAUGUGAACUUUGUCAAGUACAAGGGAGACUACUAUGUCAGCACAGAGACCAACUUUAUGAGACGAGUGGAUCCACAAACCUUGGAGACAAAAGAGAAAGUGGACUGGACUCAAUAUGUUGCUGUAAACUCAGCCACAGCACACCCACACUAUGACCGUGAAGGAGCAACAUACAACAUGGGCAAUUCGUACAGCAGAGAUGGUUUUUUCUACACCAUCAUCCGCAUCCCUCCUGCUGAGAAAGCGGCAGCAAAAGAGGACUCGGCAGACCUCAGCGGAGCCGAGGUGAUCUGCUCCAUCCCUGCAGCUGAAUCCAGAAAACCUUCUUAUUAUCACAGCUUUGUCAUGUCUGAGAACUACAUUGUGUUCGUGGAGCAGCCGAUAAAGCUGAAUGUGCUCAAGUUCAUGCUCUACAAGAUCAUGGGACAAAGUUUUCAAAAAAUCCUGAGCUGGGAGCCACAGUACGGCACCAUUUUCCACCUGGUCGACAGGCACACAGGCAAGGAGAGCAAAGUGAAAUACCGAACGGCACCGAUGUUCACACUGCAUCAGAUCAACGCCUAUGAGGACGAUGGCUUCUUGGUGAUGGACAUGUGCUGCGGGGAUGAUGGCGUCGUCAUUGGAGACUUCACUCUGGAGAAUCUGCGGCGGGAAUCAGGAGACGAUAUAGACAAGUUUUACAAUUCCUUGUGCAGAAACCUCCCAAGGAGAUACGUGCUUCCUCUAAAUGUGGACGAACAAACUCCUCUGGACCAAAACCUUGUGAUGCUUCCAAACUGUAAAGCCACAGCAAAGAAGACGGAUUCUGGGGAGGUUUACAUGACCCACGAGGAGCUUCACAAUGAUGAGCUGCUGCAGUACGGUGGCCUGGAGUUCCCUCAGAUCAAUUACGACAAGUACAACGGCAGACCUUACCGCUACUUCUAUGCAUGUGGCUUUGGGCACGUCUUUGCUGACUCACUGCUCAAGAUGGACGUCCACACCAAGGAGCUUAAGGUGUGGCGCUAUCCAGGCUUGUUCCCGUCUGAGCCUGUCUUCGUUGCCUCGCCCGACGCUGCAGAGGAAGAUGAUGGAGUGGUCCUGUCAGUCAUUAUCACUCCUAGAAAGGAGAAAAGUACUUUCUUACUCGUUCUGGAUGCCAAGACCUUCACCGAGCUGGGGAGAGCCGAGGUCCCUGUCAAUAUCCCAUAUGGGACCCAUGGAGUGUUUAACGAGAUGGGCUAGAUGUGCCACCGUUUGAAGCUCUAUGGCAAACUGCUGAGAGUAAACCAGCAAGAAACCCACUUUAUCCACAGGGUGGAAUAUUUCUCUUGAUAUCGCUGCCUAUAAGCAUUCCUGUAAUGAAAAAAAGGAGAAGACGUAAGACCAGGGGAAACUGCACACUCAUAGUAUUUGUUUGUUCCUCUCUGAAUGAGAUUGAUGCACUUUCUUACUGCGUCCUUUUGUACUGAUGGUGAUCUUUUCAGAGACUUAAAGGCAGUUUUUUUUUUGCUACUUACGUUCUCAAAAAAUGUGUAAUGUCUCUAUCAGAAAAGGACUGAGAACCUUGCACUUGAAAGGACUAGAAAACAAUAAAUUAAAAUCAAUAUACACUUAAAAAAAAU